AUAGCAGAACGUUGGUAUUGUGAGAUGCAGUUAUAUUUAGUACAAAUGGCCACCUUGCAGUCUGCAUCAUGGCAGCUGGUGAAACAGGUCACAUGAUGCACAGUGCCAAACCGCAGUCUCUUUUAAGCGACAUGCCAUCCGCCAAGGCGGUCAGAGAGGCUUUAAUCUCCUCUGGGUUCAUAUCCAUACCCACCCGGUGGGUCACCAUCAUCCUGUACGUUGCCUCGAAUGACUCUUACACCUCCUGCUGAUCUCGAUCCACCAAAGAUGAACUGGGCGACAUUUUAUGCUGUUAUCAGCGGCGUGAACAGACACUCCACGGGCAUCGGCCGCAUCUGGCUCUCUGUUCUGUUCAUUUUUCGCAUCCUGGUUCUGGUGGUUGCAGCUGAGAGUGUCUGGGGGGAUGAGAAGUCUGGCUUUACCUGCAACACCCAGCAGCCAGGCUGCGACAGUGUCUGCUAUGACCAGUUCUUCCCCAUCUCCCACAUCCGCCUGUGGGCGCUGCAGCUUAUCCUGGUCUCCACCCCUGCCCUGCUGGUAGCCAUGCACGUGGCUCACCGCCGCCAUGUCGACAAGAAGCUGUACAGACUGACAGGCCGCAUCAACCCCAAAGAGUUAGAGCAAAUUAAGAGCCAAAAGAUGAAAAUCACAGGGGCUCUGUGGUGGACGUAUGUCAUCAGCCUGCUGUUUCGUAUUGUCUUUGAGGUCACCUUUAUGUAUCUGUUUUACAUGAUCUACCCUGGUUAUAAGAUGAUCCGGCUGGUGAAGUGUGACUCGUACCCCUGCCCCAACACCGUGGACUGCUUUGUCUCGAGACCCACGGAGAAAACAGUCUUCACCGUCUUCAUGCUGGCUGUGUCUGGGGUUUGCAUCCUGCUCAACAUCGCAGAAGUGGUCUUCCUGGUGGGGAAGGCCUGCAGUAAACAUCUGCACAGUGCUGGAGACUCCACCAUGGGGGCUUGGAUCCAGCAAAAGCUCUGCUUAUAGCGAACAGCACAUUUUAAACAAGCACA